AUGACUGAUAUUUGGAAUAUUUUUGAAAUUCCCUUAUCUCAUACUGGUCAAGCAAUUUCAGAUGCAAUUCUAUCACUUCUAAAUAAGUUUAGAUUAGAGAGUAAAGUUUUAGCAUUAACUUCUGAUAAUGCUAGCAAUAUUAUUUUAGCUAGUAGUAUAAUUAAAAAUAUACUUGCUAGUAAUUUUUCAAAUACAUUAUUCUAG